AUGACAAUAGGGACACGGAAUGUCAGGACCCUCCUGGACGUGAACAAUUACAGGCCAGAGAGAAGAACCGCUCUUAUCACCCAAGAACUAGCCCGGCUAGAUAUAGACAUAGCUGCCUUGAGUGAGACAAGACUCUCAGGUGAGGUUCACAUUAGUGAGCUACGUUCAGGGUACACCAUCUUCUGGAUGGGAAAGGAUGCAGAAGAACCACGCAUCCAUGGUGCAGGAUUUGCCGUGAAAACGAAAAUGGUGAAAGAUCUUCGGCUUACACCUGUCUCAAUUAAUGAAAGACUGAUGACUCUUAGAGUACCCAUUGGUUCAGACAGUUUCAUCACCUUCGUCUCCGCAUAUGCUCCUACUUUAGACAGUGAUGAAGACACAAAGAAUCAGUUCUACCACCAACUGAACAGUACUCUCCCUAAGAUACCCAUUAAAGAUAAAUUAAUUUUACUUGGUGAUUUCAAUGCCAGAGUGGGAUGGGACAACCGUUUUUCGAGAGACGUCAUGAGUAAACAAGGGGUCGGAAACUGCAAUGCAAAUGGGUUGUUACUUCUUGGUCUAUGUGCUAAGCACGAGCGUUUCAUCUCCAGUGCCCAAUUCCGCUUGCCUAACCGCUAUAAGACCACAUGGAUGCACCCACGCUCCAAACAUUGGCAUCUUAUAGACUGCGUUAUUACUCGACAGCGUGACAAGAAAGACAUUCUCAUCACAAAAGCAGCACUAAACAUCGAUGAGUGCUGGACUGACCAUAGACUUUUAGUCAGCCGUUUGAGAGUACCAAAAUAUCGCAAGCCACGAUCCCACUUUUCAAACCCACCACGCAGAAAAUUCAACAUAAGCAGCCUGAACAACAAAAACGUUCGCUCACACUUCCAAGAUAUACUGUCUGAACAACUUAACAAAGCUCCAGCAACCACAGAUGAUGUCAAACAAGAAUGA